UCUCAUCCGACCUGGAGUUCUCUGGCUAGGAUCAACGUUUGAAGGAUAGGUUAAGAUUGUGAUGGGCUGAGGCUGAAAGGCGCCAAAAACGCCCAAGGCAGCAAGGCGUUCUUUCAGCUGCAAGGGCAACAUCUCGCGCUGCAUCGGGAUCGUCAAGCUUUCCCCAUCUUCGUCUAACCCGGAGUAUUCGCAUCUGCUAAGAAUCUCGGGUGGCAUCUUAAACUUUGGCAAUGGACGGGGUGCCGUCUCCGCUCCAGAUAGGCUCACCGGGGACAGAGCCAACGUCCUCGGCCAGCACAGUUCCGUCUGCUCUUUGCGCGGGAUCUCCAAGUACCGGACAUGGCAAUAUGCAAUGGGAAACACGGCCACCACUUGCACGCAAGAAUACAUCGGGAUCAAGCAGGCUUUCGCAGCUCUUCCCAUCCAGACCGUCGUCAGUCGCCUCGGUCAGUUCACCAGUUGAUGGUGCAGCCCCAAGAAGGACUUCCCAUCCAUCUCCUCUGACCCCUGCCUACGAAUCUCGGCGAACAUCACUGGGUCCAGUGCCUCCUCCACCGCCUUCGUUCCAAGAGACUACGGCGUAUGAGCCAUCAUCUCUUAAAUCUGGCUACAAAGGCGUAUCUGUCCCCUCGCAUGGUAGCAAUACUUCCAAAAGACUAUUCAAUCGCCUCACCUCACUUAGAGGAGCAUCUCACCAACGCGGAAACUACAAUCGCAUUCAAGACGAAGAAUCCGAUGUUGGAAGGCGCCAUCUAAGCAGUCUAGAAGAAGACAGCGAGUCUCAUGGUCUCUUUCAAAGUGGCACCGUUGCGAUGCCACUGAAUAAUAUUGGCUCCUCCAAGAAAACACCAAGCGCCGCAGUCGCUGUAGAGGAUCUCAGCGAAGCCGGUUAUGCUGCUGAAUACGAAAGGCUUGAGAGUCAACUAGGUGCAGGCAUGAAUUCGAUCACCGAGAGACCUUUUGAGCACAGGCCUGCACCAGUAGGACCUGGGAGUUACGCAAGACAACCGCGCAGCGAUCCUAACCCAGACAUGACUGUUGUUCAGGCUCGAAAUGCCCAGGAGGAGGCGGAGAAGACAGGCGAUAUUGUCGCCAUUGCUGAGAUACCUGUCGACAUCAGCGACUCGUUCGGCGGCGGUGAUUUUGAGACUCGUAGUAUGAUCUCAGGUCCUAGCAGGGAUGGAAACCAAAAGAGCUACUUCUUUCCAAAAGAUCCUGACAUGCCGUCGUGGCGCCCUCUCACAAUGGGUUCACCAUGGAUUGCGAUGCUGGUAGUCAUCGCACUUGGCCUGGCAGCUCUCCAAGAGUACUUGUGUCAGUCAUCCAUUAGUAAGGCGCACCAGGACCCUCCGAGCGGGCUGGUAGAGUUUACGAAAGCGGACGACCUUACUCUGGCAGCAUUUUUCACCUGGAAGUAUGCGCCGAUUAUGGCCUUUGUGUUCUACGGUAUACUUUGGCAGAUGUCUGACUUCGAGGUCAAGCGAUUGGAACCCUACUAUCAGCUGAGCCGCAAGACAGGAGCGACUGCAGGAGAAUCACUCAACAUGGACUACCUCACUUUUAUGAGCUGGCUUGUACCUCUCAGAGCUCUGCGCCACAGACAAUAUGCAGUCAUCUGGAGUUCUGUUGGCACACUGGUCGCCAGUAGCUUGGUUCCUGUACUGCAGUCAGCUUCGAUUACCGUGUAUCCCGAGAAGAAGGAUCGGACAAGCGGCGGCAAGAAAUUCAUUCGCGUCGACCCUCCAUGGUCCCGGGCCGUGUCCGGGUGUCUGGUGUUCGUCGCACUUUGUGGCAUGGCAUUAAUGUAUGCCAUGCGGCGCAAGAGUGGCCUACUGUCGAACCCACAAGGAAUUGCUGGCAUUGCAGCCAUGGCCACCAGAAGUCACAUUCUCACGGAUUUCCACGGUACAGACGAAGCACCAUUAAACAAAAUCCAUGAAAAGCUACGAAACCGCCGCUACAUUCUGCAUAAGAGUAGCCUGUGGCAAGGAGAGUAUAUCCGCAACAGCAAGGAAAAGCUUCACGAACAUAGCACAGAUCCUCGCCCUCUGAUGUUGCGCCCAAUUUCAGGGGUGAGUUUCGUCACGUAUCUUGUACUCUUCACUGCGGCGAUACCUAUUUUCACCUUUUUCGAACCGGCUAUGGUCGUAACAGACAAGUUACCUUUCCUCCUGACCGGUAUUGCGACCACUGUAAGAAUCCUAUGGAAUACAUUGAAUUGCGAUGUCCGCAUGAUUCAACCGUUCUACAUGCUCUCGAAACAGAAAGCUCCAGCCAGGACACUGACCCUCGACUACGCCGGCACGAAUCCGCUGUUCCUUCCCGUCAUCGCCCUGUUCAACCGACACUGGCUCGUUGCCAUCGUGGCUUUCGGCUCCGUACUGGCUGAGAUACUCACCGUAUGCGUAUCCUCCAUCAACGUAGACGGCACACGGUUCAUCCCAAGCAAUGGCGGCGACAACGACAACAUCCAGGACGAAAAGGACCGCCACAAUCAGGAACAAACAUUCCGCUCCUUCUGGGUCUCGCUUUUUCUCUCUUUCCUCAUCCUCCUGUACCUUAUCAGCAUAGCCGUCCUGACGUACAUGCGCCGCUCGCGCAAAUUCAUGCCCCGCCAGAUCGGCACAAUGGCGUCGGUCCUCGCUAUGAUCUACCAGUCCAAGAUGCUCCUCAGCUUUGUUGACACGGAGAAACUUACUAGUAGUCAGAUGACGAAGCAUCUGGAGAAGCAGGGGAAGACGUAUGCUUUGGGGUGGUUCUCGGGGCGAGAUGGCGACGAUCACUUGGGUAUUGAUGAGGAGCCGAUCUUGCAGGCUUACGAGUACGGGAAGAACUGGAAAGCGACGAGAAUGCUGGGGCACCAGAUCGGGACUUGGGAGCAUUACUGAUAUAGAUGUGUGGAUGUUAUGCGUUGUGCUUGUUUAUAACUUCUUGUAUUUCCGACACACUAUGGUAUGUAGAGGAACCCCGGCAGACCCACAGCGUGUUCUUGAAACAGCAUGCUCGAUACCCUCAUAUUCUGAAACUAGCCGUUCAGCAGCCGGCGUAGAGAGCUGUAUUACGUUAGUGUGUGCAUCUUGUAAACUAUAAUCGAAGUAGACUUACCCUGCGCGAACAAAGUAUAG